GACUGGGUGAACUUUAAAAUUUGACCUCCGAAGACAGGAGAUCGAUCGAUUUAUUUCUGUGCAGUUCGUCUGCAUUUUCCAGUCUAAUGUGCAACUGUUUUCUUGUCAUUUCUAAUAAUGGCUAAAAACGCAAGAACAAUUGUUAUUGCGAUGGACAAAAGUGAAAAUUCCAUGUAUGCAUUUGAAUAUUUCCAGCAGCAUGUGCAGCAGCCCGGGGAUAAUGUGGUGCUGGUUCACUGUCCGGACUACCAGGGGGUCACACAGUCUCUCUUCAGACAGAUGACUGCCACGUUUGUCUACAGUGAACUGGGGGCAGUGGCCGAGCAGCUAGAGGAAGCUCGGAAAAACGAUAAAAUAUUUCUUGAUGGUCUGGAGGAGAAACUAGCAGCAGGAGAUAUGAAAGGCAAGGUGCUGAGUAUAGCGGGUCAACCGGGUGAGGUGAUCGUGAAGGCAGCGGAGGAUGAGGGGGCUGGUUUGAUUGUCACGGGGUCGCGAGGCCUCAGUGUCAUUCGCAGGACGCUGGUGGGCAGCGUCAGUGACUAUAUACUGCACCACUCCAACAUCCCAGUGCUCGUGUGCAGACUGCCUGUUACUUAAAUAACAUCAGUGACUAUAGAGUACACAUUACACAUUAAAUAACAUCAGUGACUAUAUAGUACACAUCAACAAAAACAUUAAAUAACAUCAGUGACUAUAUAGUACACAUCAACAAAAACAUUAAAUAACAUCAGUGACUAUAGAGUACACAUCAACAAAAACAUUAAAUAACAUCAGUGACUAUAGAGUACACAUUAAACAUUAAAUAACAUCAGUGACUAUAGUACACAUCAACAAAAACAUUAAAUAACAUCAGUGACCAUAGAGUACACAUUAAACAUUAAAUAACAUCUGUGACUAUAGAGGACACAUUAAACAUUAAAUAACAUCAGUGACUAUAGAGUACACAUUAA